AUGGACGUUGACGCUGCUUUUUAGCCACGACUGUCUGAAACUGAUGCAGUCUAUAAAGAGAGCUCUAAUUUAAAAUGGAAUUCCCUAAGCUCGUGUGUCAAGUAUGAGCGACUGUCCAAAACCCAGAGACGUUUAGUUCAUGAAGUAGCAUCCAUUUACUCAGUCUGCUAAAUGUUACAAACUUUUUUUUUUUUGUCAAACAGAACUCAAAAAUUAUCAGUUUUUGGAAGGUUUCUUUGAAGGUUGAGUAAAUAAUUUACCAGAUAGCUUUUUUUAUUGGGAAUCUAACACAUUUACUGCAUUAGUUUAAGGCAGCUGUUCUUAAUUAACUGAGAUGUAAUUGGAAACCAGUGGUUUGUUUGUGUAGUUUCUCUUGAUGCAUGAAAUGUGAUUAGUGACUUUUGGUUGUUUGACUCGGCAGCUUUUAAACAUUCAAAUUUUGUUUAAGAUACUAAUGCAUUCGGUUUGUGCAUAUAUUUUUUUAUUUUUGUUUUUAUUACAGUUCUAAAUCUGAAAAGCAAAUCCUCGCUUUUCUUUUUUUGUGCCCUCUGUUGUGAUUCAAGUUUAUCUUUUAAACCUUGGACAUUGAUGGCCCUGGUUUUGAACUUGUGCCUGAAGAAAUAGUGCAAGCAUGCGGCUGUAGGAUGUGUUGAGGCUGGUGCCCUCGUUGGACUGGUUUGUUUUCCAGCUUUGCUUUUUAAAAGUCCAAUGUGCGAUUGAUCAAAGAAGUGUUGUAAUAUUUCUGGUUGUUCACUGGAACUUUGUCGGUCCCUUUGUUCCUAAAAAGAUCAGUUCUGCAGUUGGACAUUUUCUGAAUAGGAAAGAGCUCUUUGAUCAAUCACCCGCCUUGUGAACUCCACAUUGGCAUCAUGUCGGCUGUUUGAAGAGCCUCAACUUUUGUUCCACAGCACAUUCCUGUACACUGAGUCAUGGCUGUAGCUUCCACCUGUUGCCUCUUUUCUCCCUUUUAUUAACUCGACACAAUAGUGAGGAGAGAAGAGGCCCCUAAUUAGAAAUGGAUCAGCCUUUAACCAAUCAACAGCAUAAAGGAAGUGUGCCGGUCGGGCAGGGCAGCAUCGGUGCUCAGGAGAGAGGCAUCAUCAGCGGAGACAACGUCCAGUUUGGGCGGCUGCGGCGGCGCACGCGUUUGUCUCAGUCCGAGAGCCAGAGCUCAGGGCCCGAAGAGGAGCAGACCUGAUAUGGGCCAGCACCAAUCCAGCAAGAGCUACGACCAACCCCGCUACAAUGAGGUGGAAAGGCGCUUAUACGAAGGGGCCGACGGUCCUGCCACGCAACAGCAACAGGUGAAAACGGCCCUGCAGCAGGCCAAAGGGCGCCAGCAGAAACGGCCACACAGAAACUUCUUAAACGCUGGAGAUCAGGAGUUGGUUUCACGCAUGAAAAGCCUGGAACUGGAGAACCAGACCUUACACAAAGUGGUGCUGAAGAAUAAAACUGCCCUGCAAAGGCUGGAGUACAGAGCAGCUGUGCUGGAAAAGAGCCCUGCACCAGCAGCUGUGCUGGAAAAGAGCCCUGCACCAGCAGCUGUGCUGGAAAAGAGCCCUGCACCAGCAGCUGUUCCAUGUGCUAAUUCCUAUGGAGCCAUGUCAUCCAUCCUGUUGGAUGUCAAACCCUGGGACGAUGAGACGGACAUGGCGAAGCUGGAGGAGUGCGUGCGCUCGGUGCAGAUGGACGGGCUCCUGUGGGGAGCCUCCAAGCUGGUGCCGGUCGGCUACGGCAUCAAGAAGCUGCAGAUCGGCUGCGUUGUUGAAGACGAUAAAGUCGGCAUCGACAUCCUGGAGGAGGAGAUCACCAAGUUCGAGGACUUUGUCCAGAGUGUAGACGUUGCUGCCUUGAAUAAGAUCUAAGCUCGACUAAAGCGUUGCAGCUUGUACGGUUAUAAAAAGCUAAGAUUUGAGCACAAACCUCCGUCUCAUUGUAAAACAGAAAUGUUUCCACCACAUCUUCAGCAGGCUAAACAGUUAGAGCUUUGAUGAGCACAGCCUCAAAGUAGAACCCAACCCCACCCAGAACCCAGGAUACACAGGUUGGCUGAAGGUGAUGUUGACUCUGUGAAGCAGAACCAUGGAGUCAGAGACGUUGUAGAAGGACAGCGUCCCGCCCCUGUAGUCCAGGUACACCCCAACCCGGCUGCUGCAGGUCGCCUCCAUGCUCAAGCUCUCCUUGUUGUGCUGAAACGAACACAUGGAGUGGGAGCAGUCCAGGCUCCAGGACUUGGAGUUGUGUCCCAGCUUGCUGUCGCUGCCUCCUCCGCUCCUGCUCAUGGUUUUGUAGCAGACGCCGACGGAAACGCCGCCGCUCCCGGCCCACUCCACCUCCCAGUAGCAGCGACCAGCCAUCCCAGCGCGGCACAGCACCUGGGCCCAGCUGGUGAAUCGGUCCGGGUGGUCCGGGUAGGGCUGCGGCUCCGAGCGCGUCGUCACCGCUCUGCGGUCGUCAGAGAUGCAUAAGUAAGAGUUGGCCGUGUUCGGCUCCAGGCUUAAAUCGCUGUAAUCUGGACAAAGAUGCAGUUCAACAUUAGUUACAGAUCCAAACACUCAAUAUGAAUAAAUAGACUCACAUUGUAGAAAAUCAGCUCUUGUUUUCGGUUCAAAGUCGUGUGGCACGUCUUUUUCUUUUACUGUUGGAUAUUAAAUGAAUAUUAGACUGAUGUCAGAUAUUAAUGUGAAGCACAAUAAAGUCACUACCUCUGGUCUUGGA